AUGCCCUCGCAGGUCGGCGAAGUCCACGACAGCAACGACGUUGUCCAUGACGCCGUCUUUGGCGACAUCAGGGAAGACGGCCCUGACUAUCGCAAUGUUGGGUGGAUUGGAUCCUCCGUUCUCAUGAUGAAGAUCCAGAUCGGCCUCGGUGUCCUCGCUCUUCCGGCUGCCUUUGACGACGUAGGACUUAUCCCAGGGGUUCUCCUCCUGUCCCUCGUCGGCGGUAUUGUGACCUGGACUGCCUGGGUGGUUGGCGUCUUUAAGCUGCGCCACCGCGAGGUCUAUGGCAUCGACGAUGCUGUCCAGCUCAUGUUCGGCCGUGUCGCACGCGAAGCAUUUGGCUUUAUCUUUUGUCUCUUCUGGGUGUUCGGCGCCGGGUCGGGAAUGCUAGGUAUCUCUAUCGGCUUCAACGCCAUUACGUCUCACGGCGCGUGUACGGCCGCUUUUGUUGGCGUGGCCGCCUUUUUGGGCUUUUCGAUUGCCAGUGUCCGUACCCUUGGUCGCCUCACCUGGUUUGCAUGGGUUGGAUUGGUCUUUCUUCUGGCAGCAAUCUUUACCGUGGCCAUCAGCGUCGGCGUCCAGGACCGCCCCGAUGCGGCACCUCAAGGUGGUGACUGGGUCUCUGAUUAUCAACUCGUUAACCGACCAACCUUCACUGGGGCUAUGAAUGCCAUCUCGACAUUCCUCAUGGCCUAUAGCGCUAUCCCUGGAUUCUUCCCGAUCGCAGCCGAGAUGCGGAACCCCCGGCUCUAUACACGGUCCCUCAUCCUCUGCCAUACUGUCGUCUCUAUAGUUUAUAUCGCCAUCGGAUGCAUCGUGUAUUAUUUUUGCGGAUCUUAUGUCUCUUCGCCAGCCCUCGGCUCUGCGGGCAAGCUAAUGAAAAAGAUCUGCUACGGGUUAAGCCUUCCAGGCUUGAUCGUAACUACAGUUCUGACCAUUCAUUUUGCUAGCAAAUACAUCUUCCUCCGUCUUCUAAAGGGUACUGAGCACCUCAACAAGGGCACACUUAGGCACUGGACGACUUGGUUUUCCUGCACCUUUGGAUGCGCCUCCGUGUCGUACAUCAUCGCGAGUGCCGUUCCUUCUUUCGGAAGCCUCGCGGCCCUGAUUGGCGCCUUUUUUGGCACGCUUCUCUGUGUUCAGCCGAUGGGUUGCAUGUGGCUGUACGAUAAUUGGAGUGCUGGAAAACAGGCCCGAUCCCCAUGGUGGAUGCUCCAGGUGUGUUGGAGUAUUUUUGUCAUCAUUAUCGGCACUAUUAUCUUGGUGGGAGGCACGUAUGGUUCUGUCUUGAGUAUCAAGGAAGCAUAUGGGGCGUCUGGGGGUCAUGGCGCUUUCUCUUGUGCUGAUAACUCUCACUCUUAA